UGCGCGCGGAGCUUCAGUUCAUGGUUUAUUGCCCUGAACUAUGAUAUACAGUGAGAAAAUAAUAAUAAUCUAAAUUAAACUUUAGCUGAAUUUACAGAAGCACUUUUUUAUGUAGCAAUGCUUCCCGCUGCUGCAGGUUUUUACUUUCCAUGGGAAAUCAGUUGUGACCUGGUAAAGGAUGGAGCCUCUUUACGGACGUGUGGCAGACUUACAGAUUACCUGCCAGAGGAGUCCAAAGCUAUUCUCACAUCCCAUCAUGCAUCAGUGCAGUACCAGGUGUCAGUACAGACGACUUUUGUUGAGCCCUUUGAUCCAAUAAUUGGGGCUCAAUACAUUGUACUUGGAGAAGUUGAAAAGUCAGAGGGGGACGGAGAAGCCAUUGUUCGUGCACGGGUCUUUAAUUGCGUGGACGGCGUCGAUGUCGCACUGCUACAGAAGGCCGUAAAUGAACAAAGGAAAUUUUUUAGGGAAAGAAAUGAGACUGGUGCAUAUGGUAACAUCAAUUUACCAUAAGACAAAGAUAAUAUAUGGAGAAAGAGUGUGGAGAAAGUCAGUCUGGGUCUUGGGGAAUCCAUAGUUGGUGAAAUGUUAUUAUAAAAUGAUUAGUACCACUAAGCCAUUAGUAGCACUUGUAUCAGAUACUCCAAUGAUGUUUAACCUCUUGAGUCCAGAAUGUCCUCAUAUGAGGUCCUGAGUGUCCCCAGUCUGCCCUAGUCUACAGUAUAUAUAUAUAUAUAUAACGAUCUUCAUAUGAUGAGUACUGGGUAGAAUUCUUUUGGCCAUCAUUUUCUUUGAGUAAAAAAAAACAUUUGAUCAAGUAAGGGGAAAGUGCAAUGUACACAAAAGUAGAUCUCAGGAGGUUAAAGUAACUUUGUAAUGGUUCACUUUUAGUA